AUGAUUGCCGCCCUGUCUCCGUCAUUGAAUUCCCCUCUGCCGGUGCCUGCGCGGCACAGUGACCCACCACGCAGCGCGUGCUCGCCACGGGCGCUGGUGUCGGUCCUCCUUGGUGGUGCAGCCGUACCUGCGCUGGCCAGCUACCGAAGGUCUCGCCCGACGGCGCUGUCGGCAGAGACCCGCACGGAGCCGCCUCGCUGUGACGCGGAGGCCGAGGUUUGCGAGGAGAUCGAGGAGCAGCGCACCGAACGCCUCGCUGACGAGUCAGAGUUGCUGGAGGUGUCGCGCGUAUGGUCCGAAGGCAGCUGGACCGCAGAUUGGGGCCCUGGGGGUCCCACUUGGCCUUCCUUGGUCCCCGAACGACGCAGCCGGCGGCGCCGCCGGCCACUGCAGCGGUCCUUCAGUGCUGCAGACACCCUUGGUCUGGAUGCACUGACGCUGCAAACUGUUUGGAGAGUGGUGCUCCCCACGGUGGGAGCGCUGUUUGGUGGUAUCGCCAUCUACGAGCCCCUCUGCCGAUGGCUCCAGGAUAUGCUUGACAUUGGGAACACCGGCAGGGGGCCCAUCUUGCAGCUUUUGGCAAUGGACCAGUCGCAGUUCAUGCAAAACUUUCUGACCGUCAAUGGUCUUCUGUUCACAAUUCUUUGUGGUAAUACCUACAAUUCGCUCUACAACCAGCAAGAGGUCUUGUUUCACGCGUUGUUCACGGAGGUCUCCGAGGCAAAGUCCCUCCUGGAGCAGGCCUGCCUGGUCUGCCAAGGGCGGCCGUUCUAUCCCAAAAUGCUGGACAGCAUCGGCGACUACGUCUCCACGGAUCUGCGCCGCCUCGAUGUUGAGCCUGCCGACCUUUUGGCCAACCGUCCCAUGGAUGAUCCCCUGGAGUACAUCCUCUAUGCAACCUCGGUCGGUGUGCCGUCCAUCAUCUACGACACCAUCCGCGACCUACGGCAGGCGAGAGGCCAGCGAUUGGGAGCGAUGCAGAGGAAGCUGCCUGCCAUCCAUUUCGUGCUCCUCUACGUCUUGGGCAUCCUUGAGCUGAUGGCCUUCCCUCUCUUAGGGGCAGGGACCUACUCUAUGUCCCCGGAUGAGAAGAUCUUGACCAUCCAGGCCCUAUUCUUUGGCGCCAUGUCGGGUGCCAUUGUAAUGACACUCCAGGUCAUCUACGAGCUCUGGAAGCCUUUCGGUGGUGCCUACACCGUCGACACGGCCCUGGAGAAGAUGGUGCAGGGGCUCGAGGAGGAGCUUCGCGUGCGGAAGCGACUCUGGAAGCCAAUGAAUGGCGAGAUGUGGCCGCCCGGCGAACCUGAGCGAGCUCCGACUCAGGGCUGA